AUUCAUAAAUAACUCUUUUAUAAACUGGACCCUCUUACGUGGCACCAACCACUCCCUGCUCAUCCCGGCACCAUGAAGGUAGCAAUUUUCCUCGCGCUGGCCCUUGUGGCCCUCUCCUCCGGACGAGAAACUGGACUUCGGCACUUCAAAGGGUACAAAGUUUUCUCCGCGUUGACCACAACCCGGGAUCAGUUGGAGGCUUUGAGAGUGCUCUUCUUCAGUGACGAGUAUGACUUCUGGACCACGCCCAACGGCCUUGGAGUGACCGACAUCAUGGCGGCGCCGGAGCAGAUCGCACAAUUAGUUGAGGUUUUGGAACAGCACGGAAUGAAUUACACGAUUAAAUUUAACGAUGUUGAAAAGUUGGUGGAAGAGGAACGAGAAGCAAAUACAAGAGCUUUCUCUGGAAGAAUCGAUUGGGUCUCGUACCCAAAUUAUGCAGCGAUUCUCGAUUUUCUGACCACGAUAAACUCCAAUAUUGCCACCGUAUCCGUAAUCGGACAAACGACGGAGGGCCGUGACAUCCACGUGGUCAAGAUUUCGAGUGGCGGGCCGCCCAAAAAGUCCAUUCUCAUUGAUUCCAACAUCCACGCGCGAGAAUGGAUCGCGGGGGCGACCGGAACUUGGAUUAUCAACGAGCUUAUCACCAACGCUGACACGUAUGCGGGGAUUUUGGAGGAAGUCGACAUCUACGUCAUCCCCAUGAUCAACGCCGACGGGUAUGAAUACUCCCGCACUAACGAUCGCAUGUGGAGGAAGACUCGCAGCGUGAAUCCUGGCAGUUCUUGUAUGGGAUGUGACCCUAACCGAAAUUUCCGCUUCAUGUGGGGUGGCGAGUCCACGUCACCGGAUCCAUGCUCUGACAUCUAUCACGGAACGGGACCAUUCUCCGAGCCGGAGACGCAAGCCAUCGAAAAUUUCGUAUUGGCGUCAGAGGCAGCGGGAGUACAGUUUCUGGCCUACAUGACGCUUCAUUCGUAUGCUAACAUGUGGCUCCUCCCAUGGGGUUACACUGGCGGUGUUUAUCCCCCAGAUUUCCCAGCACAGUUGAGCUUGGGGCAAGCUGCGAUCGCUGCGUUGCGCGCUGUUUCCGGAACGAUUUACGAAACUGGACAGGGAGCUGAUUUGCUAUAUGGUGUGGGUGGAGCUAGUGACGACUGGGCGAAGGAUCAUGGGAUCAAGUACACCGCCACGAUUGAAAUGCGAGGAAAUUCUUUUGUUCUCCCGCCAGAACAGAUUAUUCCAAAUUCGCGCGAGGUAUGGGCUGGACUUCAGGUCGUUAUUCAGAGGGUUAUUGAGACCGUUCCUGUAGAGGAGGACCCCACCCCUGUCGAGACUGUGACCACCUGCGGCGGUGAGGUUGAAGCCAGCUCGGCCCGAAUUAAUUUUCAACUCGACGCCACCAUCCCAGCCGGACAAACCUGCAUCUGGGUCGUCAAACCUACCUUUGACCGCACCCGGGUGAACCUGGUCUCUUCCGGGCUUCUCUUUGGAUCGGGAAUUUACUUCACCGAAUUUAACGCAUAUUCGGGAACCCCAGGAAACCAAGUCGAAAUCGUGAAUGUUGGGGAAGAUUACAUCCUCUCUGGAAACUUCUUCCUCGUCACGCUCACCGUUGGAACUGGUCCAAACCAAGGGUUCAGCCUGGACUGGUACUCGAGCGGGUUAGCCGGCGGUCCCCCCGCCUUUUCCGGAUUUGCCGCCCUCACCACGCCCACCGGCUCGUACAGCUACCCAGUUGGGGGUGGCCAGUAUGGAAAUUCGGAAAAUGCCCUCUUCAUCGUCAGCCCGGAAACGGCGGGAGCUCGAACCUUGACCUUUACCAGGAUGGAUGUUGAAAAUGAUUCGUCCUGCUCGUACGACGCUGUUUCCGUGUUGACCUGGGUCAAUAACCAGUACUCCCAGAUUGCUAGGUUCUGCGGAAAUUCGCUUCCCACCCCGUUCAGUCUCCCAACCGGCUUGGCCUUGGUGACCUUUACGUCCGACAGCAGCGUUACCGGGACCGGAUUCGGCUUCAGCUGGGCUUAAAUCAUUUAAGCUUGAUUUAUUGUGCAUAAGUUGUGAGGAUUAUUGAGAAUAAAAUCAAAUUGGUCAUUUA